AUGUCUUGGAAAAAGCUUAAGUUGUUGGGCAGGGGUUCUUAUGGUACGGUGUCUCUUGCCACCCCAUUAACCGAUAACUAUACAUUAUUUGCUGCUGUCAAAUCCGCCGAAGAUGAUCGCUCGUCUUCCCUCCGAGUAGAAGCACAAAUAUUGCAUGCACUGAGAGGGUCGGACUACGUAAUUAAGUGCUUUGGAGAAGAUGUAAGCAUCGAAAACGGUAAAAAAACUUAUAACCUCUUCCUCGAGUAUGCUGCUGGUGGAACUUUGCAUGACUUAAUCCAUAAGUCGAAGAUGGUGCUCGAAGAAUCAGAGGCUGCCUACUAUGCUUUUCAAAUCUUAGUCGGGAUUUGUCAUGUUCAUAGUAAAGGAUUUAUCCACUGCGAUCUGAAACCAGCUAAUAUACUUGUUUUUCCUGGCGGACAACAUGGCCUUGCAAAUGUGAAACUGGCUGAUUUUGGGCUAUCGUUGAGAUCUGAAACAAACACAUGUUGGGACACAUCAUUGAAGAAGCGUCGUCGCUGCAGAGGGACUCUACUAUAUGCAGCACCGGAAUCUGUAGUGUGUGGGAUUCAAGAUAAAGCUGUUGAUAUUUGGGCAUUUGGAUGCAUACUUGUAGAAAUGCUCACGGGAAAGCGGGUAUGGUCAGAAUGUCAAAAUAAGAAUGAAUUAAAAUUGAAGAUUGCACAUGAAAAACUAGAGAUACCAGAUAAUUUAUCUAAUGAUGCAAAGGACUUUUUGAGUAAGUGUUUGGACAGAGAUCAUAAUUGGAGAUGGAAUGCGGAGAUGCUACUUAAUCAUUCAUUCAUCACGAACUAUGUUAAUAAGAAGAUGAUUCAUGAGUUGAUCCAGCGGCCUUUUGGUGAUGCAGGACUCAAAACAUUGGUUUCUUUGGAGCACUUAUUUACAACAACUAGUUUCUAUUAUCCUCAUAACUCCUACUUGAGAGGAUCAAGCAGUAUUAUUACAGGCCUCCCUGAGACUAAUAAUAAUAACACAACAGGAGACGAGCCUCUACUAUGGAAGAAUUUCAGAAACUUACAUAUAUAUUAUUUAGGGAAAAUGCAUAAGUACUUCCAGCCUAAGCCCAAAAUUCCUGAGACACUCCUAACCUUUACUAAGAAGAAGAAUCGGAAGAGAGAUGACAUGAUGAAUUUCGAUGAAAUUCCCCAUCAAGUGCACAGAACCUAUAAGCAGGUGUAUCUAACUGUCUUCUGUGCCAUGUUGAGCUCUACUUUUGGAUCCAUCAUGGCAUGGAUCUCGGUAGCCGGGGGAAAAUUCACAGUCCUUUCUUAUGUAGCAAGUUUAUUCUGGAUUUACUUUACUCCACCAGGGAGACUGAACAUGAGGUUCUUACUCAAGAUGUUGGUUGCUUAUUCAUUCGGUGCUUCUGUUAGCACUUCUACCAUUUAUCUCUUAAAAAUCAAGCAAGACUAUGUUCUCAGACUUUGGGCUGCUACAACAAUUAGUACUGGACAUUUCUUGUAUAGAGCCAUCAUAACAGCGGAAAGGAGUAAAAUCAACUUCGGUGUCCUGAAAUCUUGUUAUAUUCUAAUGAUGUCCGGAACUGCUUUCAUUCACUUGGACAUGCACACAACUUUCUGGUUCACAGUGAUAAACAAUUUGCCAAUGGUGUUCAUGGUGUACCUUAUGAUAUAUAGCCAACAUCACCAUGUUAUCAGACUUUUGGCUGGUACAACAAUUGGCUUUGGAAGUUUAAUUUCUUGUAUAAAGCUAUCACAACAAGGGAACGGAGCAAAAUCUAUAUCGGUUGCCUGCCAUAUUGCAACAGCAAAUCCGACCAAAAUGAUUAAUCUCAUGCAAUCUUUUGAUCUUCUAACAUUAUUCUACCAACAAAAAAGAACUUUUAACACUAUCGAGAAAAUUAAUUUAGAUAGUUGUUAUCUUNUUGAAUGGCCACACAGCUCUUUGGAUGAUGAUGAUACACUGCAGCUAUUGUUUAUGGGAUACCUUGUGAUAUAUAGCCAAGAAAUAUUGCACGAUGCUAACUUUGGAGAUAUUAACUUCGUCAACUGCACAUUCACCGUCUUGUUCCAUUUACCGGGCAUAGUGAUCCAUGCUGCAAGACUAUACCUGCAGGGUGCAGAAAUUGAGCAACACCAACACAAUUCUUUUGGAAUUUGUUAG